ACUGAAAAUAGAUUCAAGCCUUUGUAUAGAAUGGUUCGCGUGUGGAUCUUACGGGUGUCACUCCUGAGCGUAUCUGUUGAUGUGCUUUGUGGAUUUGUGCUGCACAUGCCCAGCUUUAUCUGCAUUCCGCCAUAUGUUGCCGAACAGGGACGAUGUGUUCUGCCCACUUCAACCCCAUAUCCAUGCCUAACUAGCGCCCCAGCAUAUACGCCAAAAUAUACAACGCAGAUACACCAGACGACGGGUCCUUCCAGAGACCCUAUCGUUAACACAAACCCUCCAAAAUGGACAACCCACAUAUCGAACUCAAACACAAACUAUUUAACCACAGCCUCAACGGCAAACACAAUUAGCACUGCAAUGCCGACGCAACCGACAACCUUGCAGCAUAUUUCGAAACCAAUUAUAUCUGGGACAACGCCCACAAAUUUACCAACAAGUAAUAUCCCUCAAACUAAGUUAUCCCAACUAGGUAUCCCUUAUAUAAAUGUCCCAAAAAUACCGAUAAUACCACCAAUUAGCCUGCCUAAAAUAACGAUACCACAACUUGCAAUUAAACAUAUUAAUGUGCCAGGCAUUACACCAAAACAAAAGAUUCCCGACGUAGGGAUUCCAGCUAGUACCACGCCACGGAUACCUAAUAUAUACCAACCAAAUACACCAUCAAUUAGUACACACAAACAAAAGAUUACCGAUACUGGUAGCCCGAGCAAAAUACUACCAUCUAACCGACCUAAAGUAACAAUUCCACAGCUAGUAAAGCCCAAAAUUACAACGCCAGGUAUUCCUCGUAUAACCCAUCCAAAAGUACCGAACAUUUACCCAAUUAGCCUGCCAAAAAUAACGAUUCCAAAUAUUAAUAUUCCAGGAAUUACGAAUAUAAAUUUGCCAAAAGUAACGAAAGUACCACCGAUUAACCGGCCCAAAAUAACGAUCCCAAAAAUGUCUAUUCAAAAUGUACCAUCAAAUUUACUUAAUUAAUUUACAAAUUAUUCCAAAAAUAAAACACUCCCAAAAUACCGAAAAUUGAUAUUCCAA